AGCCAAGUGGAAGAGUCCAGCCCCACCCAAUGGUGAGAACAACGACAUGACCAAUUUGAAUGCAUCACAUGCCCACCGCUAUAGCUUCAUUCUGACAGGUAUCCCAGGAAUGCCAGACAAGAACCAAUGGUUGGCCUUUCCCCUGGGAUUUCUCUACACGCUCACACUCCUGGGAAAUGGUACCAUCCUAGCUGUCAUCAAGGUGGAGCCAAGUCUGCAUGAGCCCAUGUAUUACUUCCUCUCUAUCUUGGCUCUCACUGACAUUAGUCUGUCCCUGUCCACCUUGCCCUCCAUGCUCAGCAUCUUCUGGUUUAAUGUCCCUGAGAUUGUUUUUGAUUCAUGCAUCAUGUAGAUGUUCUUCAUCCAUGUAUUUGGAAUAGUAGAAUCAGGAGUCCUAGUGUCCAUGACCUUUGACAGAAUUGUGGCCAUCCGAAACCCAUUACACUAUGUUUCCAUCCUCACUCAUGGUGUUAUUGGAAAGAUUGGAAUAGCUAUCUUCACCCGGGCAGUCUGUGUGGUCUUCCCUGUGCCCUUCCUUAUAAAACGCCUACCUUUCUGCCAUUCCAAUGUCUUGUCUCAUUCAUAUUGUCUUCACCAAGACAUGAUGCGGCUAGCCUGUGGCAGCACCCACAUCAACAGCUUCUAUGGCCUCAUCGUCGUCAUCUUCACACUGGGGCUCGAUGCCCUCCUCAUUCUAAUGUCUUAUGUACUCAUCCUGAAAACUGUGCUGGGCAUUGCCUCCAGUGGUGAAAGGCUCAAAACCCUCAGCACCUGCCUCUCUCACAUGUUCGCUGUGCUCCUCUUCUAUGUUCCUUUUAUUGGUUCCUCCAUGAUUCACAGAUUUGGUAAGCAUUUACCACCAGUAGUGCACAUGCUCAUGGCCAACAUAUACCUGCUGCUCCCCCCUGUGCUAAACCCCAUUGUCUACAGUGUGAAGACCAAGCAGAUUCGGAGAAGGAUCAUCCAAGUGUUCCAGAGGAGAAAAAACAGGGCCUAGUAGAAUGGAAUCAUGUAAGAAGCAGAGUAAGUAUCCACUGUAAGAAUUAAUUAAUUUUCCACAGUUAUGGUGCAUCAAAUUUUGCACAUCUGGGGAAAUGCAGAAAUGGGUAAGGCUCGUGGGUGAAUAUACAUAACAGGUUGUCAUAGUUCUGUAUAUACUGUAUUUUGGAAUGUCUGCAUUUUGACAUAUGGUGUCACAAAAUCUAAUUUAUUAAGUAGUUUCAAACUUUUCUUUGACACUGGAGAUGAGUAUCAGUAAGAACAAAUUAUCACAUCUAUCCAGAUAACACUUAUGUGUGUUUAUUCAUAAAGUAUUUAGUUAUAUUUCACCCUUGGUUAUCAAUUUAAUAAUAAUUACAGUAAGAAAGAUUCAAGAAGUUCUACAGCGCUUCCAAAGGUCUUGUUAUCUAAUGUUUUUUUUCUUAAAGUAAGGAAAAGUGUUAUAGGAUCAAAAAUAUAUCUUUAUGUUUAGGUAUUUAUUGGUAAUGGAUAUCUGUGGUCAAAUAAAAGUAGGCAUAGCUGUGGUUCUUUGGUGCAUACUUUCCCCCUUUCUAUGACAUCACUUCUGUACAUAUUUAUUAUAGUUCUGGUUUCUUGCCAUGUACUUAGUAGACUAAUAGGUAUUCUGCCUUUACUCUUCGACCCAGUGUAAGUGACAUUAAUUUUGUUGUAUACUAGAGGAUGCAGUAAAAUUUUACUGAGUAAAGUUAUUCCUGGGUUUUGUGUAAGGUAAGUGAAGAUUCUCAGCACAGAGAAGUUAAAAAAUUGAAGGUACACAAAUGUGGGUAUAUGUGCAAUGUGCCUGUGCAGUGAGUCUAAUACAUGCUUUAGGAAUUGUGUUAAUUAUUAUACAACAAAUUUGCUAGAGUAAUUACUUAUUCACUCAAUAAAUAUUCAUUGAAUCCUGAUGAAAUGCUGGUCAUGAUGCUAGACCUUGGAGAUACAGGGAAAAAUGCAUCCAUUUUCUGGAUGAUUUUUCUGUAGAAAAAUAUGCAUACAGGCAAUUACAAGGCAAUUAUCUAUCACAUUAUAAUUUCUUAUUUAAUUUGCUAAUAUGAAAUAAAAUAUGCUAGCAGCUUCUAUAGAGUAUAAUGGUAAAUUUCCCCAACGACUUUGAGAAAAAGUGUUCAUCAAUAUUUACACAUGAGGGAAAUGAGACUUAGAGUAACUGAGUAAC